AUGUAUAGUCCAAAUCAUGGCAUAUUCAAUUCUCUUAUGAAAUAAUUAGAACCAUAUUAAUUUGAUGAACCUACAUUACCACAAUGGCCAUUAUCUAGUAUAAAAUAGUCUAUAUUAUCUCCUUAUUUUGAAAAUGCAUAUGAAAUAUAGAGUUCAAAUUUUGAAUUGGUAAAGAAAUAAAAUGGUCGUGUAAGUUUCAAAGUUAUAUUACCUGCUAAAACAUCAUUAAAAUUCGAACUUAGACACAAUUUCUAAGUGGUAUGAGUUACUAAUUAAGAGAUCUUAGGAUUAGGGGAGGGAAAAUUAAUUUGUAAAACAGAACACAGUAUUAAUGAAAUACCUUUAAAAUAACCAUGUAAUAUAAUAAAACCAUUUGAAUUAAUUAAUUAAGGAAAAAAAGAGUGUAAAGUAGGAAUACAAGUUAGUUGAUUUUAUUAAAUAUGAUAAUAUAAUUUAUAUAUGUAAGAACUCAUAGAAAGAACAAAACUUUAGAUUACAUAGAAUUCAAUCUAAACUUCUGAUUACUAAAAGCUUAUUCAAGAUACAGAAUUACUACAUUAAAAUAUCAUCGUUACUCUAAAUUCAAUACAAAACAAAGAAAUAUAAGUAAUAAUAUUCAAUUACUUUUAGGAUUUCUUCUUUAUACUUAAACCAACUUAAUAACUAUAUAAUUGUAUAUGUGGUUUACUUUGUAUUGUAGCAGGUCUAGAUAAAGCCAUAUCAACAGAUUAUUUGUUCUUAUAAAUAAGGGAAUGGGUACCAAGUUAAAGUUUAUUUUGUAAGAAUUAUGAAUCAAUUUAUUAAAUACUCAUAAAUAUCUAAUAAAAUACUCUCAAAAAGAAAAUAAAUGUAACUAAUAUCAAAGAAGCAAUGAAAUAUUAUACUCAAAAUGUUAAUAUAGAUGAUCCAUAAACUGUAACAGAAAAACUAUAAUAAAUUCUAAAAUUCGUCAUUGAUUAUUAUGAUAAAUUCCAUAAAAUCUUAAAAAUUAAUAAAACCUAUGAAUUACAAUAAAGAACUCCACAAAAAAAUAACAAAGAUCAAUUAAAAACUUAUAUGUUAGCAAAAUUAAGUAGUAAUUUUAAUUAAGAAGAUUCAGAAGAAAUAUUGGAUGAACGUACAUAAAUUUAAUUAGAAGAUAAAUAAUAAAUUUAAUCUACUACAAAUCAAACACCUUUAAAAAUGUUAAAUCGAUUUAAAGAUUUCAAUUAAUUUUCUAAAAAUAUAUCAAGUAAUCCUAAAAUAUCAAUAAGUCCAUCCUCAUCUAGAUAUCAUACAUUAAAAAAGUUUUCUUCUUUAUAUAAAUCUCCAAUCUAAUCAAAUCAAUAAGAAUCACUUAAUUUAACUAAUGAAUGCCAAAAUUUCUAAGAAAAUGGAAGUGCAAAGAGUUUUCAACCUAUGAAUUAAUCAAUUAGUAAUUCUAAAAGUUGUUAAAAAGAUAAAGAUUUAUCAAAUUCUUAAAAUAUAACAAAAUAAAUUAAGUCUCCACCACCAGUUAUUUCUCCUAGAUAAUAAAUUAAAAAAGAAAUUCAUGUUAAAUCUUAAGAUUCUCCUAAUUUGACUUUAAUUGCUUAAAAAAUUAAUAAUGAUGAACCAGAUGUAGAAUAAUAACUUAAAAAUGAAAUACAAAAUGUAAUUAAAUAACUUAAAAAAAUUGAAGGAGUCAAAAAACAUUUAUUAUGGGAAGAUGAUCGAUAAGUAUUUUAUAAUUUUAUUGAUUUUUUAGUGCAAAUAACACUUAUUGAAAGUAGAUUCAAAUAUUCCAUAAUAAUAAACAUAAUAAAAUAUUGAUAAUUCUUAAUAAAUUCUAAUUUAGAAACCAAUUUAAAAUAAAAAGAAAUAAGAAAAAAUAAAUAUUAUGAAAACAGAACCAAAUGAUUUCAAAACUAAGAGAAUAUAAAGUCUUUACAAAGAAUUAGAGAGAACAAUAGAACAAAAAAAUCAAGCAUAUAAGGAUGCUUAAUGGAUAGAGUAAUAGGUGUAUACAAAAAAUUUAGGAAUUUAAAAAUAUUGA